AUGCGGACGUUCCUGGAGGAGUUCGAGGACUUCGCGGAACUGGUGGGGGUACGGCCAGAUCGGGGUAAGUUGACGGCCCUCCGAGCGCUUCUCAAGGGCCGGGCGCAGGUUGUGUUGGAUGCGGCUCGAAGAGACCCGGAGAAGAUGAAGUGGGCCGCCGCGAAGGACGCACUGAUCGCGCGGUUUUACACCCCGGCCGACUGCUAG